AUUUAUGAAGUUUAUCUAGAGAAGAAGCCAUGGGUCUAUAUAGAGAGAAUUGGAUUACUGAGUUGAGGCUUGUCUUUCCUAAUUCAGACGGGCAUCAAAUAUUGAAGAUAUUUUUCUGAGGAAUCGAAAAUGAUACGGCUAUGGACUGCCACCACACUGCUUAAAAACAUUGUCAGUUAUCCAAUAAGUGCACACGUGCCAUGUGUGCUCCAGAUAACCUCACUCCCACCACACACCCCUUAAAUUCUACCCCACUCCGUAUUUAUCCACAUCUUUCUUUCGUCUCCUUAAAUUAAAUUAGACCCAACCCACCAGAUUUUACAAAUCCAACACUCAGUUUUUGUUUUAAGACUGAUUUUCUUUAAUUUUGCAGUUUCCACAUGGCAAAUAAUUGAUGUUAUUAUUAACCCCCAAAAAAGAAAAAAAAAAAGAAAAAAAGAAUUCAUUACUCAACCACGCUCACUCACUCGCAUUCCUUCUCUCUAUUUCUUUCUCUGAAUUAGUAUUGUUUCCGAGAUGGCACUGCUUCAGCUAAUUUCUACUAACAAACCCUCAUUAAUAAACCCCAAUACAACAACUUCCCCUCUUUUAUUAAACCCUAAUAACUCCAAUUCACUCCCUUCACUUCUCCAUUUGCGUCGCCGCCGUACACGACAGCACAGUAGCAACAGCUCUCUUAGAUGCUCCGCCUCAUCUUUCUCCGAAAAACAUCACGCCAAUCAUUCAAAAUCAAACGACGUCGUUGAACUCCCUCUCUUCCCUCUCCCUCUAGUCUUAUUCCCCGGCGCUAUUCUCCCUCUCCAGAUCUUCGAAUUCCGUUACCGCAUUAUGAUGCACACGCUUCUCCACACUGACCUACGUUUCGGCGUCAUCUACUCCGACGCCGCCACCGGCACUGCCGAAGUCGGUUGCGUAGGCGAGAUCGUUAAACACGAACGUCUCGUCGAUGACCGUUUCUUUCUUAUAUGUAAAGGUCAAGAAAGAUUCCGCAUAACAAAUCUUGUUCGUACAAAACCUUAUCUUGUAGCUGAGGUGACGUGGCUAGAGGACCGUCCGUCAGGAGAUGAGGACGUGGAGGCUUUAGCGACGGAAGUUGAAACGUAUAUGAAAGAUGUUAUUCGAUUAUCGAAUAGGUUAAAUGGGAAACCUGAAAAAGAAGCGCAAGAUUUGCGUAGAAAUCUGUUUCCGACGCCGUUUUCGUUUUUUGUCGGAAGUACUUUUGAAGGUGCUCCACGUGAGCAACAGGCAUUACUUGAAUUGGAAGAUACAGCGGCCAGAUUGAAGAGAGAGAAGGAGACUUUGAGGAACACUCUUAAUUACUUAACGGCUGCUUCUGCAGUUAAAGACGUGUUUCCGUCAUCGUCAUAAAAAGAAAAAAGGAAUAUGAAGAAACAAAGAAAGAGGAUAUUUUUCAACUAGAAGCACAGAAGAAUAGUUAUAGCAAAGGGAACGUAGAAAUGUAUUUAGCUAUCAAUUUGCUUCUCCUUUUGCUAUACAAGUAUGUUAUACACAAAUGGAUGUACCCGAGUUGCGAAAAUUUGAUGUGUAAUUUGUGUCCGUGUUUCUCUAAUUGUUGACAUUCAUAAACUGAAUAAGAUUUUGCACAUAAUUGAUGUUUA